AUGGAAGAUAUUAGAAAUGACAACUCAGCUGUGUUCAUUAUAGCUGCUACUCAUCUUCCUUGGAAAUUGGACGCAGCUAUUCUAAAACGAUUUGAAAAACGCAUCCAUAUUCCACUACCUGACUUAAAGGAACGAGCAUUGAUGUUUAAAAUACAUUUGGGUACGGAUACUUUUCAUACGAUACAAGAAGAUCAAUGGAUACAACUUGCUCGAAGAACCGAGCGUUAUUCGGGAGCUGAUAUCGCUGUAGUAUGUAAAGAAGCACUACACAGGCCUAUUCGACGACUUUGUUUGGCGACUCAUUUCAAACAAAUACUAAAUCCGAAGUUUGAUGAUCAUCGUCAACUAUGGCUACCAUGUUCUUUCGAUGAUCCUCACGCUGUACCGCUUACAUUCGACAAGAUCCUAUCCGCUGAAUUGUGCGAACCUCCUGUGACAUUGUCAGACAUACAAGCGGCUAUUACUAUUCAUAAACCAACUGUAACCGAAUAUGAUUUAUUGUCACAUCAGAAAUUCCAUUGGAAAAUUUGUCAAGAAUGCCUAUAA